ACAACUCAUUUUUUGACCAAAAAAAAAAAUACAACUCAAACGUAUGCACGUACGAAUCCUUGUUCCCUGACAAAGAUGGAGCGGAAGCAUCCUAUGGACUGGCUUGCCUGCUUCCUCCGCUUUUUAAGUCUUCUGAUUCCAUUUUCCAUCAUCUCUGGAGCUAUGGAUCGCUGCAGGUGCGGAAAACAGCCCGGGACCUCAGAUGGUGACUCUCAAGAGGUGACAAGCACCGAGUGGGAGAGCAUCAACCUCUCAGAACAAGAAGAAGACCUCGUUUACAGAAUGUAUAGGCUCGUAGGUGACAGGUGGACUCUCAUAGCAGGUCGGAUCCCAGGCAGGAAACCAGAAGAAAUAGAGAGGUUUUGGAUAAUGAGGCAUGGGGAGCGGUUUGCUGAGAAGAGGCUGAGGAGAGCAGGCCGAGAGCAGAAUUUCAAUUAGAAAUGGAUGGUGCCGACGGCAUUGCAAUAUCUAUCAUCUGUACGUGUUAUUUCUCUGGCGUGUCCUUCAAUUAUUGUGCUCCGGACCCACUUUAUGGCCCAUAGUACGGUCAUGGACCGCCUGUCCUCUGUAAUAUCAUCUGCAUUUUUAAUAUUUUUGGUUUGUCUGCGUGAGAAGAUCAACUAGUUCAUCGCAUUGAGGA